CCAAGUUUAUGUGCGUGCUUGACUUUGAAACUUUGCAUACACAGUGAUUUUUGCUAAAAGACUUUCCUCAAAAGGGAACAAGUACCUGCAAAGCUAUAAAAGUAAUUCAACAAACAACAGAGAAUUCAGCAGAGAUCACUAGGCAAGGGAGGGAUUUUGGCUGACGAAGUAAGUUUAGCAGUGUUUGGUUUAGAGAAUGUUUACUUUGGGAGAUACACAAAAAAGCAGCGUCAAAGUUCAGAUUUAAACCCUGCUGUUCCCUUUAACUUCAGCUUUUCAACACAUCCUUCCCCUACAGUGGCUUAAAGGCUUUCAUCAGUCAGAAUGAAGUUCCUAUUUCAAUUGCUUGCCUUUGCUGUCAUCAUAACCUCCAUAUUUUGUGGAGUCAAGGAUGUCACUGAGCAUUUUGAAAGCCUUAAAGGUGCACAGCCACAUGAAAACGGGACUUACAUGCCCAACCUACCACUCGAGUUCCACAGAGAAAACACCAUCACUAAUGACUUGAUUCCUGAAGAGGAGGAGGAAGAGGACUAUAUAGACAUUGACAAGAUACUGAGUGAAGAUGACUACAGUGAUGUUAUUGAUGCUGCCCCACACAUGGUUUCUGAAGUUCAACAAGGAAAUAUUCUUGAACUAUUCCAAGGCAAAACCAGAAUCCAGCGCCUCAAUAUCCUCAAUGCAAACUUUGGCUUCAACCUUUACCGCAGCGUGGCAGACAAGGCCAGCUCCUCAGACAACAUUAUCAUGGCUCCUGUUGGUAUUUCCACUGCAAUGGCUAUGAUUUCCCUGGGUCUGAAGGAUCAAACCCAGCAGGAAGUGUUAUCAGUUCUUGGCUUUCAAGACUUCAUUAAUGCCAGCAGCAAAUACGAGCUCAUGACCGUUCACAACCUCUUCCGCAAACUCACCCAUCGGCUCUUCAGGCGCAACUUCGGCUUCACGCUGAGGUCUGUCAAUGACCUUUACAUCCAUAAAGACUUUUCUGUCCUCAAUGAUUUCAAAACCAACAUGAAAACAUACUACUUUGCUGAUGCCCAAGCAGCUGAUUUCUCAGAUCCCAGUUUCAUAGCCAAAACCAACGAACGCAUCUUGAAGCUGACCAAGGGAUUAAUAAAGGAAGCUCUUGUGAAUAUAAACCCUACAACAUUGAUGAUGAUUCUCAAUUGUCUUUACUUUAAAGGAACCUGGGAGAACAAGUUUCCAGUGGAGAUGACCAUGAAGCGAAGUUUCCGGCUGAACGAGAAGCAGACGGUGAAGGUGCCCAUGAUGCAGACCAAGGGCACCUUCCUGGCUGCUGCUGACCCUGAGCUGGACUGCAGCAUCAUCCAGCUGCCCUUUGUGGGCAACAUCAGCAUGCUGGUGGUACUCCCACACAAACUGGCUGGCAUGAAAGCCCUCGAGAAGCAGAUCACACCUCAAGUGGUAGAAAAGUGGCAGAAGAGCAUGACAAACAGAACAAGAGAAGUGGUUCUGCCUAAAUUUAAGCUGGAGAAGACUUAUAACUUGAUUGAUUAUCUGAGAUCCAUGGGAAUAGAAGAACUGUUCAAUGGAAAAGGAGACUACUCUGGCAUAUCAGAUGAGAAGAUCACCAUUGACAGGUUCAAUCACCAAGGCACAAUCACAGUGAAUGAGGAGGGCACAGAGGCUGCAGCAAUAACCACGGUGGGGUUCAUGCCUCUCUCCACCCAGAUCCGCUUCGUGGUGGAUCGCCCAUUCCUGUUCCUGAUCUACGAGCACCGCACCAGCUGCCUCCUGUUCAUGGGCAGAGUGGCCAAUCCAGCCACAUCUUAAAAGCAGAGAACACCCUCCAACAUUCUGUUACACAUGGGAUGUGUAAUUAAUUGUAUGUUAAAAUACCAGUAUCAUAAAGGAAAAUUUACUGUCGUAUUAGCCAAUACAAAAGUCACUGGUAUAAAAAGAAAACUUAUUGUCUACAGGUAGUUUCUCAUGAGUGGACUCACAGCAGCAGAUAAUUUGUCUGCAAUUAGUGCCAUGUACUGAUACAAGUAUAUUACUAGCAAAAAAAAAAUAAAUCACAAAGUACCUUACACUUUGUGUUUUGCAACAGUGUAUAAAAUGCAAUCAAUAAAGUAUUUAGACUAUCUAGAGUCUUGAAAUCUAGCUCUAAAUUUGUGCUAGGAUGUCUGUUUAUAAACAGGAGUAAGGAAAUCCUGAAUACCUGACCAGCCAUAGACACUAAGCCAUAGACCCAAGUCUCUCCUGGGCAUUUUACACAAUCUAACUUGAAACAGAUCAAAUGUCUCCAUUCUUUCUUUUGCUUGCAUCAUUUAAUGUUCAGUAAAUACACACAAUGUGUAUUAACAUUCAAACUGAUGCACAC